GCCUCUCUGGGUAUCUGGCGCGAGCGGGAGGGGCAAGGAAGAAUGAGCUCGUCGGCUAUGGAUGAUGAGGCCCAUGACCUGGUGUGCCAGCUUGAGCACGUUCAAGGCUUGGUCGAUGCUCUCGGCGCCGUUCGUUGGAAACGCCACCAGGACGCGGUGGUGGAGUUGUCUGAACAUGGCAUCGUUUUGAUCGUGGAAGAAAGUGGUUGUCUUCAGGCCAAGGUCUAUCUUAAACGCGAGCUAUUCGCUCGUUAUGAUUACAACGCACAGGGACGGCCUCGUUUUGGAGUAAGCUUGGGCAUUUUAGUGGAUUGUUUAAACGCGUUCUCGGUUCCUGGUCAGUCAAGCAUGAUUGAAAUUCAAUACCCUGGUCCUGACAUGCAGGUUCUUCUGAAGAAAGUUGACUUGCAGGAUGCUAGCAUUUAUGCCGAGAUCAGAACAAGGAUUCCUGACACAAUGCCAUGGGACUACAAUUUUGAACCUGCUGGAACAAACCCUCUGACAUUUACUGUUAAGUCUGCAGCACUGAAGGAAGCUAUUGAGGAUCUAGAGUGGCCCGGUUCGAGCAUCCAGAUCAUUCUACAGCCAGUUCCCCCUUCUGUUACCUUAAAAGGUGAAGGCCAUGGAGACUUGCAGAUUGACCUUAUGUAUUACGCAAAUACUGAUCUCUUGGCAGCAUUUCAGUGUGAUCAUCGGGUUUCUUACAAGUACAAAUACAAGUUCCUCAGAGCAACAACGACUAACAUACCAAGCAGUGUUAUCAAAGAAAACAGAGGAAGCAAGUUAACCAUAGGGAGAGGUGGACUCUUGAAAGUUCAGCAUCUGGUUUCGAUUGGCAAAUUGCCUUCUUCACAUGCAUAUGUAGAUUCCGUGGGCUAUCAGCAGCCAGGCCGCAUAGCUUAUAUUGAAUUUUUUGUGAAACCAGAGGAAACUGAAGACUCAGAAUGAUUAUUCGACGGUAUUAGAAAUAUCACUCCAACCAGGCUUUGCAACGUACCUUGACCAUUUAAAUGAAUUGCUGUUGAAAUCAAGUACAGGAGUAAGGUUCUUCUUUUAGUUUUACUAUCAAAACCAUAAAUUUCUUGUACAGGCAACCGUUCUUUUUUCCCUUCUAGUUCCUCUUGCAUUGGUAUAAAUUUCCUAGUUUGCAGCAAAUCCUCUCCCCCCCCCCAAAAAAAAAAAAAAAAAGAAAGAAAGAGUGUAGUGUUAUUCUCAAACUAAAUUCCUACUUACUUAUAUGGGUUUGUAAUAGUGAAGUUUGGGUAAAAUAUUUACUCCGGAAAAUAUCAAAUAUUUGGAUUUUUUUAUUUAUAUUGUAUGGUUUGCUGCUACUCUUUCAAUUUCUAAUAUUAAUUUGUUGGUAGUUUUUAAUGACACUUCCGUUUUCAUGUUGGAAAUGUAUGGGUGACAUUUAUUUAGGUGAAAAAAAAUGCAGUUAGAUAUGUUGGACUGAUAGGGUUUUUAGCAUUGCAUUCAGAGGUAUAGCCCUUGAGGAGCAUGCGCGUCCAGUGAACCAUGUUUUGGAAAAUAAAAGCCUAGUUUUGUAGAGUUGAUAAGCUACAUUAUACUACUGGCCAUGAGUCAGGAUAUGCAAGCGUGGGAUUUGGAUAUAUUUUGUAAUGUCCUGUAACUUUACCAUCUCUUCCUACUUCUUGAGCAAUGAUUGCUUAUAUUGUUUUGAGGUAUUGUUGAACUUUAUUCAUCAUUCUGCCUUCAAGUUGUGGGGGGAGGCGGAUUUGAAUUAAUUCGAUAAUCGCUUUCUUAUUAAAAGAAAUCAAUUGAUUGGCUUUGGAUCUAUGGCCAGUGCACAGGGACUUCUCGUGGCUUUAGGUUCUUGUAAUGGGCUGAAUUAAAGUCAUGAAGGUUAUACGUCUAAUCCAAUCCAUAUUUAUCUAUGUUGUCAGAGCUGAGACCUAGCUAAAAAUGUAUAUCUAAAAUCUCUCAAAAAAUGAAUAACUUCGAUAAAGUUGAAGAAUACUCAAUUUUUCUCAUACCACGUUGUUUUUAUGUUCGAUGGAGGAUGUUUUCUCCAUUAUGUUUCUAUUCACUUCUUUAUUUUGUACGACUUUAUUCCCCUCAAUAUUGCCUCUUGAUGUCCUCUAUGUUAUCCCGAAGUUUUCUUGCGAUUCCAGAGUAUCCUUUUCUUCAAAUGUGGGAGGGAGAAAUGAACGGAAACCACAAGUCAUUAGUCCCACAUCGUCUAUCUUCUGACACAAAUCAUUGCAUAUAAAAAACUGGCAGAUCUACUUGCCCGCCGAGCUUGGUAACGCGAGCUUGUAAUCUGAGUGGGGGCAUUAAGGUGAUGGUACACGGUUCUGGUUUCGCCUGGUUGGGUUGGAGGUCGCACUUGUGGCCUGCCCGUUCCAAGUCGGGAGCUGAAUCGCGGGACCUAGACGAAGGCCUGAGUCUCGGGAUUCCUAGACGAGGGGGUAUAGCGUGAGGCUGGUUUCACAGAGCAGCGAACACCUCCGGCUCUCUACAGUGGAAGGAUAACAGGCUGCCGCUCCUCUAGCUCACAAUGCCUGGUCAGCCUAGCCGCUUGAACCAUCGCUUUUUGAAGAA